AGGAGGGGACGGACUAAGCAGCAGCAGCAGCAGCAGCAGCCUCUACUAGUACUACUGCCUCUUCCUCUUAUUCAGAGAUGAAAGCCAGGCCCCUCUUGUCUUAGCUUUUCUUUGUUUUUGUCCCUCCCCUUCUCUCUCUCUCUCUCACCCACACACACAUACAAUUUGAAUUGAAGAACUCAGGCAGAAGGAAGGACUUGUUCGUGAAAUCGUCCAACAUCUUACUGCAAAGGUAAACAAGACAUGGAUAUAUACGAAGAAAUCGGAUUCGCAGGGAGCUUCGGCUUCCCGCCUGUCCCCCUCCCGCAACCGGCGUGCGAUCAAACGAUUGCGAAUGAAGGGGAGGUCCUCCCGGACGAUGAUGACAGCGAGGAGGAGAUUGAUGUCGAUGAGCUCGAGCGCAGGAUGUGGAGGGAUCGCAUCAGGUUGAGACGGCUCAAGGAGCAAAAUAAAGCCAAAGAUAGCGGCGACAUCGCCAAACAGAGGCAAUCGCAGGAACAAGCUAGGCGGAAGAAGAUGUCCAGGGCGCAGGAUGGAAUUCUCAAGUACAUGCUUAAGAUGAUGGAGGUGUGCAAAGCCCAGGGAUUCGUCUACGGAAUCAUCCCUGAGAAGGGCAAGCCCGUCAGCGGCGCCUCCGAUAACCUUCGUGCCUGGUGGAAGGAGAAGGUGAGGUUCGAUCGCAACGGCCCCGCUGCAAUCGCCAAGUAUCAGGCGGAAAACGCCAUUCCAGGUUGCAUGGAGGAGAAUUCAGGCAUGAUUUCGACGCCGCAGACGCUUCAAGAACUUCAAGACACAACCUUGGGGUCUCUGUUAUCGGCCCUUAUGCAGCACUGCGAGCCUCCGCAGAGGCGUUUCCCUCUCGAGAAAGGUGUGGCUCCCCCUUGGUGGCCAACGGGCAUGGAGGAUUGGUGGCCUCAAUUGGGGCUCCCAAAGGACCAGGGGCCCCCUCCAUACAAGAAGCCUCACGAUCUGAAGAAGGCAUGGAAGGUGAGCGUGCUCACCGCCGUGAUCAAACACAUCUCCCCUGACAUCGACAAGAUACGGAGGCUGGUGCGGCAGUCCAAGUGCCUUCAGGACAAGAUGACGGCCAAGGAGAGUUCGACGUGGUCGGCAGUCGUCAACCAUGAGGAACUGCUCGCUCGCCAGAUGAACCCAGAUGCGUGCCUUCCCCUAUCAUCCUUGAGCGGGAAUGGGACUAUCGCAUGCAACGGAAGCAGUGAGUAUGAUGUUGAUGGCUAUGAUGAUGAUGAUGCUAACAUGGAAUUUCUGGAUCGUAAACCGGAGCUCUUCCACCCGGGCGUCGCGGGAGAGCGGAUUAUUCCAUCAAUGAACGCGGAAACCGCUUCCGACUGUGUCCGCAAGAGGAAGUUCCCAGCCGAGCAGCUGAUGAUGGAAAGCAAGGCGUACAUUCGGGACAAUAUCGAGUCCCCCUGUCAUGAUUGCCAGAUGGGGUUCGCGAGCAAGAGCACGAGAAACAACCAUGGGUCCAACUGCUUUUAUUCCUCAAAUUUUCCUCAGGGAAUCACUCUGCCUGCUGUGGUGGCUAAUGAUGAAAAGCCUAUUUUCUGCUUGCCGGUUGCGGAAGGGAAGCAGCCGCAGGAGCCAAACCUGUCUGUUGCUGUGAGUGCGAACCGGACGGCCGGUUAUGCGUCCAGAAAGCAGGCAAAUAUGCAGGUCGGAGCGGCUUCGUCCCCAAUUCCUCCGAACCCCCCUUCUCAGAGUCUGGUGGAUCACAACCCAGGCCCUUUAACAGGGUUGGGCAUACCGGUCGAUGGGCACAAAUCGAUCAACGAUCUCUUUGCAUUAUAUGAGCAGCAGAGAAAGGUCAUCAGUCGUCCAAGUGUUCAUGAAGGGCGAAAUGAAGGCCCCAGUCCCCUUCUUGCAAACGUUUUCGAUGAGCAGAGUUGUGGGAUGAGUAUGGCGUUGGAGCAAUGUAAGAUGUUUGCCCAUGGCUUUGACGACAACCAACAGGAUGUGAAUCCCGGUUACAAGUUUGGGUCGGCGUUCUUCCCCAUGGAGUUCGAUUCGUUCUCCCGGGGACCAGUGCUGCAUAAGCUGGGCACAACACAUUGGUUUGCCUGAGCAUACUGGAGCUCGUGCUGCAAACUGUCUUUCACGAGGCCCCUUUUACGAGAGAUGAUGGUAGUGGUAUUACUCUCAUGGCCAAAUUAUUGACUGGCUGUCUAUGAUCGGUGAUCAGAUACUGCAAAUGCUUGACCAAUUUUCUGUGGAAGAGGCCUUGCUUGUAUUUAACUAUGUUACAGGUAGCGGGUUGUAGUUCUUUACUGGUGUCUAAUUUAAGAUACGUAGAUGUAGAGGCAGAGGCCCUCUUUUCUUCGCUCUGCUUUAAGAUGUAUUGAUGAACAUUAAUAAAAUGAAAAUAUCUUUA